UAUAAAAAAAGGGGUUUCACACCACACCCACACCAAUGGUUCCCACCUAAUAAAAUAUACUAUCUGAGUAGUCAAAAAGACAGAAGCAUUUUACAAUAAUUGGUGACGGGUGCGAAGAAAAUUCUUUUCUAUGAAAAUAAAAAAACAAAGCUUUUUCUAACGGGGUGCAGUGGCAAAAAGACAGAAGCCAGAAGCAUUUUACAAUAAUUGGUGUACUUUAUAGUUUACUGUCAUUCCUCUGGUCUCAGCCUCAUUCCUCUGGUCUCAGCCCCAACAGCCACAAAGAACCAGAUCUUCCUUUCUUCCCUAUUUUCUCAUUUGUCAUCCAAGUACCGUUGACCUUGCAAGUGCGCCCACAGGACACAAGGUAAUGUGGUGAAGACAUUGCAUGCAUGUGUUUUGGCCCUCAUUGGCGCUUCAGCUACGUUCCUUCAACUGAAGCAGCAGUCUCCAUUUCAGACAGACUACAAGACCAUGGUGGCCUUUCUGAUUGCUGUCUGUAUCUACGUCGUGACCGGACUAGCGAGCACCAAGUUCAAUGGUUUUGCCGAAGAGGUGACCACAAAAGUCAGCCUUUUGUCAGGGCUGCUUUCUCCCCUGUUGCUGUUUCUCAUCAUGGUUCCGGCUUUGGGGUGGGUCUGCUUGGUUUUGUGGGCGCUUUUGGUUGUCAUAAUCGCUUAUAAAAAGGUAUCUAGUCGACAUCUUAAACCGUCACAGCAAGACAGUCAGUCUCAGGAUCAUGUCGCGAUUCAGAAGACGUCUCCUGAUAGACAAGAGAUGGAACGAUUGACGAUGGAAGAGGAAAACAAUGAGGAGCAACCACAAAAGAGGAUUUCCAUGGGAUCACCUGCAACAAAAUGGAUUAGUGUUUUCGAUCCCAGUGAUAAGGUUACCAAGCAAAGAUAUCACUUCAAUGUUGAAGACUCGAGGCUGUCCCCGAAGAUCGAGAAGGGAAAAGAAGACGGGUUAUUUAUAAGCAGUGUUGCUUCUUGUUCCAAUCUUUGGGCUCUAAUCAUGGAUGACGGUACUGGUUUCUCAGAUCAAGUUUAUGAUGUCUCUCCAUUUUUUCUUCAUGAAGAAUGGAUCAAGAAACAAUGGGCGAAGGAUUUUUAUAUAACCGCGAUAGCUGGAGCCGAGGAUGGAAGUUCAUUAGUUGUAAUGUCGAAAGGGACUAAGUCUUUUUACCAGAUAUAUAAAGUGAAUGAUUCAUUUCCAUUUAAGUGGAUUAAGGAAAAAUGGGAACAGGGAUAUUUUGUCACUGCCAUGGCCACUUCAGGAAGUAGAUGGGCAAUUGUUGUGUCGAAAGGCGCAGGCUUUUCGGAACAGUUUGUCGAAGUUGAUUCUAAGUAUCCAAGUGAGCUUAUUCGUGAAAGGUGGAAAAGUGGCUGCUUCAUCACUGCUGCGGCGGCAACUGUGGACCAGGCUGCUUUUGUUCUUAGUGUGCCGAGGUUAGAACCAGCUAAUCAUGAACAGGAGACAUAUAGAACUUCUGGUUUUCCUGCUAAAAAAAUUGAGGAGAAUUGGGAGAGGAAUUAUUAUGUUACCUCCAUUUGCUAUGGCCGAACGGAUUCGUAAGCAGCCAAAAAUUAAGUUUCCCUUUUUGCGAAUGUAAGAUCUUUUUGAGGAGAAUUGGGAGAGGAAUUAUGUUGUUUUUUCCUUCGUGGAUUUGUUAGGAUUGAAUUAUUUUAAAACAAACAUUUUAUGCAACACCCCUAAGUUUAACAAUUUCUUAUAGGGAAUGUUAUCAUAUGAAACUCCCACUUUGAAAUAAUAACACGAGUUUUUUCCUUGAUAUAUUUUUCCCCCUAAAAAGAAGCGGUUUUAUAAAGUUCAUUUACUGGAGCUAUAAACGGUUCUUCAG